UUUGAGAAAGCAUUCUAUUGGCCGCUAGAAACUGCUUUAUUAGCGUUAGGAACUUGUAAUCGUUGAACACCAGAUCUGUCUGAAUACUAUGGCAACUCAAACAAAGCCCAUACUUCAUGGAUAUUUCAGGAGUUCAUGUUCUUGGAGGGUUCGAAUUGCUUUUGCUCUGAAAGGUAUUGAAUUUGACCAAGUUCCAGUCAAUCUUAUCAAAGAUGGGGGUCAGCAGCUUACAGACCAAUACAAGGCAUUAAACCCUAUGCAACAAGUGCCUGCUGUCCAAAUUGAUGGCAUCACCCUGUCACAGUCGCUGGCAGUGAUCCAGUACAUUGAGGAGACCAGACCAGGACCCAGGCUUCUCCCUGCAGACCCAAAGAAGCGUGCCCAGGUGCGCAUGAUCUCUGACCUCAUCGCCUCCGGGAUCCAGCCUGUGCAGAAUUUGUACGUGCUACAGAAGAUUGGAGCAGAGAAGUUGCAGUGGGCGCAGCAUUUCAUCCAAAGAGGUUUUGAAGCCUUGGAGCCAAUUCUGAAAGAGACGGCUAGCAAGUACUGCGUAGGGGACGAGAUCUCCAUGGCAGACAUCUGUCUCGUCCCUCAAGUCUAUAAUGCUGAACGGUUCAAAGUGGACGUUGAUCAGUUCCCAACUAUCAAAAGGCUAAACCAAACCUUAAUGAAGGUAGAUGCUUUCAAAAUGAGUCAUCCAUCUUGCCAACCAGACACACCUGCUGACAUAUGUACAUGAGAACCCCUCUGACAUCUACAGGAACCAGUAGUGCCAUCAUCAUUGAAUACUUCAAUAAAAUUCUUUGAUAUGAA